ACACAGUGCUAAUUGAUAACUGUAAGACUGUUAUUCUUUCUCCUAUAAAUUAUUUUAAGCAACACGCCAAGUAUACCGGUUAAAUGACGCAUUUGUUUUCGUCUGUUCGCCUUCAAGUCAUCCGCCCGUUUCCUCUUACACCCCUUGCACCACUUGUGUUGCACCUUUCAUUAGCACCGGUAGGUGCAUUAUUAGUAAACAAGUCUAACAGGUGCUCGCACAUAAUGUCGUCGUUGAAGAUCAAACGCAAACACUUCGAGAAUCCUUUUCCUGAUUACUGUGAUCAGGCUGCUCUUGAUGUUCUAGAUGGAAAUGAGAUUAUGCCUUCAUACAAGGUAAGAAAAUGCGUGGAUGCAAAGUGGCAGUCAAUCACAGCAAAAAUUGAUAAAUAUAUUGAGAAAUACAAGAAAGAUGCAUCUGUUUACACUGGCACAGCUGGUCUUGCAAUGUUAUAUUUACAAAAAGAUGCAAAGAAUCCAGAAUAUUUAAAGUUUGCUAAAGAUUAUACUCAGACCAGUAGUAUUCCAUCAAAGCGAAGAUUCACUUUCUUGUGUGGAGAUACUGGUGCAAUGGCUAUAAGAGCAGUUGUUUGCAAUGAAAUGGGUGACAAAUCAGAGGUGAAAAGUAUUAUUAAAAAUCUUAUUGGUUUGAAAACUGAUGCAGUGAACUAUAAAGCUGAUGUGGCUAAUGAGUACUUGUAUGGGAGAGCUGGAUACUUAUUUUCUCUCUUGUAUGUUAACAAAAAUAUUUCUCCACCACCAAUUGAAGAAUCUGUAAUUAAAGGAGUAAUUGAUGCUAUGUUAAAAGCAGGCAAUAAAUUGUCAUUGGAAUUGGGCAGUAAGCCACCACUUAUGUAUCACUGGCAUGAUAGUUACUACUUGGGUGCUGCUCAUGGUCUUACUGGCAUUUUGUACCUCUUGCUACAAGUGCCACAGUAUUUGGAUGAAACUCAAUUGAAUGAAUUGAUCCGACCCACCGUUAAUUAUCUUGCCACUUUGAGAUUCCCUAGUGGAAAUUAUCCUUCUUCUCUGGAGUCUCAGAGUGGUGAUAAGUACGUGCAGUGGUGUCAUGGCGCACCUGGAUUUUUAUACUUGUUUUCACAAGCGUACAAAGUCUUUAAAGAUCCAUCAUAUUUGGAGCUUGCUCUACAAGCUGGUGACGUCGUCUGGCAGCGUGGACUUUUACGCAAAGGUUACAGUAUUUGUCACGGUGUAUCAGGAAACGCGUAUUGUUUCCUCGAACUGUAUCAAACAACGAAUGAAUUAAAACAUCUGUACAGGGCGCUUAAGUUUGCCGAAUGGUGUGUGGAUUACACUAAGGAGCAUGAAGAAUACGUACCAGAUCGUCCUCUAUCAUUGUACGAAGGCAUCGCCGGACCGAUGUAUUUAUUGAUUGACAUUCAAAAGCCUAUGGAGGCAAAGUUUCCGGGUUUUACCCUUUAGACUGCUCUACAUGUUUAUGUGGGCCAACACUUCCAAUUGACUGGAGGAAAUGCUCUCUGAUAUUUAAAUAUUUUAUUCUCAAAACGCUUCAAAUUCAUGUAUGUAUUUAGAUAAUGAUGGAAAAAUAUGUUUUUUUAAAUAAAAUUUCAAGGGAAAUUA